UUGGGUCUGACACUCUGGGCAGAAGAAAUUGGCUGAAACGGAUGGUAAUGGGGUGGCAGCCAUCAUCGCCGUCAUGUCAUCGUUGCGUCGUCAUCGCCCAGUCAGAGUCCUACCGAAAAGCCUCUUCUUCGGAUGGACUGCGAAGAAGAAGCCAGAUGAAGCAACCGUCACAAAGCCAGCCCAAUUUGGUGCACCGCAAUGGACUGUAUGUUGUAGGGCGAUCGACAUGCCCGCCGUGAUCAGAGCUGUCAGCCGUUCGUCCCGCGAGCCAAAUUUCAGGCUCUCGUCCUCGCCUUAUGCCCCAUCUACGUAUGGUUUCAGCUGGUACCGACCGACCGCUCCGGUUGAUGGCGCCCGUCGUCGGAUGUGCCUCCUAUCGUUUUCGCUCGCUUUCUUCCACUCUCAGACUCUGUGCCUGAGGGUAGUCCAAAAGGGAUGCAUAUUGGGGCGCUCCGUGUGCGGCGCCGCCGUCUUUCGUACCAAUCCCCACGUAAUGUGUGUGUGUCCCGGUACAAUCGAGUACUGCACUGCACAUUGAUGAACACAUUCACCGAGUUGGCCGUGGUCUGACCCGGGCGGGUGGACCGGCUAACGGAUGGGCGUUUGGGACAGGAGCAUUGAUGAUGAGACUGUAAUCUACCGCCAUGGAUUGUACCGACACACCUACAGUUUAUCCAACGCAAUCCUGAUUACAGUACGCUCAUUGUGACGAUGAUACCUGCAAAAAGAAAUCAAAUACGAUCGUCGGUCGAGUGCGGGUGGGUGGUGGGCUGGUACCAUCCAUCGCCGGACCGCUGGGGGAAAAACCCUCCCUCUCCCUUCUCAUCGUUCACGCCUUCAUAUGUAUUCGCCUUGUU